AUGAGGUGGACAUUAAUGUUGGUGUUUGUUGGUCAAACGAUGGCCUACACAAUUCCUGCGGUACGCUUCGACUAUACCGCAGCGCGAGGAUUCCGUGCCAGCAUCCCGGACACUCCCGGCUUGCAGAUGGUUGCCUUCCAUGCGCGUCUCAAUAAACCGUUCGAACGGUUCGAGGAGGGUGAUUAUGCGGAAGAUGUUACCGAACCGGACGGGAAUGGGCAGUGGACGUACGAGACAAGCAAACCACUGCUCCAAAAUGGCACCAUCAUCUACUACUGGGUGUACGUCCAGUUUGCCGACCAAGGUUAUUGGCUGACGGACAAGAAACACACCGUCCUCCGGUCCAAGGGUGCGGUGGCACCGAAGACGACCACACCGAAACCAACGACCACAACGGUGCCGCCCUGUGCCCCCACGCUCACCACAUACAACGGCGGUCAGUCGACCUGUGCCGGGAUGGUAAUCUUCGAGGAUACGUUCGAGCAGGGCAGUUUCGCACCCAAGUGGCAGCACGAAGUGCGCAUUCCACUGGAUACAGAUUCGGCGGAAUUUGUGUCGUACCAGAGCUUACCGGACAACAGCUACAUCGCGGCGGGUCGUCUUGUCAUCGUGCCGACGCUUGUUAACAUGAACGCGGAUUACACCGAUGAACGCAUCCGCACGGGAGAUCUCAUCUUACAAGGAUGUACCUCGCCAACCAACAACCCGUACGAAUGCCAACGAAAAGCUGCCCGCUCGACGAUUCUACCGCCCGUGGUGUCGGCCAAAUUGAACACCAAAAAUUAUUUCCGCUUCCGGUACGGGCGGGUCGAGAUACGUGCCAAGCUACCGAAGGGAGAUUGGAUUUUCCCCCAACUGUUCCUGCAGCCGUACGAAAACUAUUACGGCUACGCUGACUACGCGUCCGGACAAAUGUGGAUCGCCCACAUCCUGGCGAACCGGAUGCUGGUGGCGCACGAUGGCAAACAGAUCGAUGGCCAUCGGUUGCGUGGCGGUGUGCUGAUCACCAACACCGGCCCGGUCCGAGCCGACUUUCUACGCUCGAACCUGAACGACGAUCACUUUGGCGAUCAGUUUCACACGUACGGGUUGGUAUGGACACCGGAACAAAUAUUGCUCACCGUCGAUGGGUUUCAGUACGGUGCGCUACGCACAAACUUCCGGCAGCACGCGCAACAGCACAACCUGACCCAGGCAAACCUGUGGAAUGCGACGGCACCGCUGGCACCGUUCGAUCGUGAGUUCUAUGUCUCACUCGGCGUUGGUGUUGGCGGGGUAAAGGAUUUUCCGGACCACUCCCAAACAGGACCGUCGAAAAGUGCCAAACCGUGGAACAACACCAGCCCGAAGGCGGAAUACUUUUUCUACCAGAACCGCAACACGUGGUAUCGCACAUGGACCGAACCGGAACUAACGAUUGAUUAUGUGCGUGUUCACGCCUUGUAA